AUGAGCUGCGACGGCAAGGUGUGGGCGGAUGUUUCCUGGGCCAUGACCGGAGCUCCCAUUCGCAGGCUGCUGGUCGAUGAUUGCACCUUGGUCAGGGAGCUGAAGGAGAUGUUGGAGGCACCGGCCAAAACACCCGUCGAAUUUCUCGAGCUCCUUUGCAAUGGAGAGGUGCUCCGCGAUGUUUCUUGCAUCUCCCACACCUUCGCCCGGACGGGCUACGUGGAACUGCUGGCUUUCCGCACGGAGCCACCGAAGCUUCUGGAGUUUCUGAAGGUGACGCGGGCGCAUCGGUUCACCAUCUGGGACGCGGACACGGAUCGCGAAUUCCUGGCCAUGGAGCGGAAGGACGUGAGGAUCGCGAAGUACAUCAUGGCAGCAGACAGGGAUGGCAGCAUCGUCAAUGAGCGAGAUGCGUGGUGGCAGGAAGUCAAUGGCUACGACUCCUACAACCGGUGCACCGCCCUGCAUUACGCAGCCGCCUGGGGCCAGGCCCGCAUCUCCAAGGCGUUGCUGGAUCAUCCGGCCUUUCGGGAGGCCGAUGCCCAGGCUGAUGUCAGCAUGCCCUUGUCCUUCUACUGCAGGGUGGACUACUGCGAACACUCUUGCACAGCCCUGCAUGCUGCGAUUGCGUGGGGCCAUGGGGAGAUCUGCUCGCUCCUGCUGAAGCACCGGCGCUUCACGGCAGUGGCCGACGCAAACGCCGCGGGCCAGACAGCUCUUCAUGUGGCCGUGCUCGCAGGGAGUCCACAAGUAGUUGAGGAGAUCCUUGCAGAUGGGCGCGUGGACAUCCAGGCCCGCACGCGCGACGGCCACACCGCACUACACCUGGCGCUGCUCAUUCGCCAGGAGGAGGGGCCCGGGCGAAGACUCGCUGGAUCUGACAAGAUCAUGGCGAUGCUCCUUGAGCACGCAGGCAGCCUGAAAUGGGACGUGCUGCAGGAGGCUGUAGAAGACCUGGACAGAUGGCUCGUGCGAGCUAUCGUCAGGUGCCUCCCCGGAAUGGACAAGUUCCGGGCUGGCCUUCUCAUGGUCAAAGGCCAUCUGAACACGGCUCUGCUGUUUUCAGAAGACGUUACGACAAAGGAGGCUCACCGUCGCAAGCGGGACUUGCGGAAGCGGAAGGCAGUUCGAAAGCAGCAGCAUGUGUUGAGGAAGGUCCUGAGAGAUCAACCCCUUGAGGUAAGGCAGCCAGCCCAAUCCAUAACGAGGCCCAAUGCCAAAAGCAGCUGGAAGCAGACUGAAUUUGAUUUUGUUCUUUGCCUCUGA